AUGAGCAAGACGAUUGAGCUGGCUCAUUGGAUUUAUCCUUUGUCAUUUGCUGGUUUUGAAGUUUAUGUGGAUGGAGCGUGUCAUUGGUUGAUUUGGAACACUAACAUCGAGGAACAUAUUAAAUUAACUCUAUUGUCGUUUGACCUGAGUGAUGAGGCAUUCAUUACAACACCCAUCGGGGAAGAAUUUUGGACUUCAUACACUUAUAAUAGACGCUUGGUGGUGUUAAACGGAUCAAUUGCCUUAAUCUCAAAUUACGACGAUGAUAUUGUUUUUCACAUAUCUAUUCUGGGUGAACUUGGUGUGACUGAAUCGUGGAUCAAACUAUAUAUUUAUGGCCCCUUCCCUUCCCUCGAAUGGCCCCAUUUGGAUUUGGGAAGACGGGACAUAUCUUCUUUGAAAAAACAGAUGGUCAACUAG